CGCCAGGGGUUGUUGUUUUUUUUUGGUUCACUGGUUGACUUUUUCAAUCUUUGACCGAAUGUGAUGGGGAAGUUCUGAGCAACAGGAACUUCAAGAAAAGUUGUGAACCACAUCAUUUAGCAGUUUUAACACUUCUUCAGGUUUUGUUCUGCAGUUUGACCAUCACUUGUCCGGUGUUUUUGUGCCAGUGGCGCACGGACAACACGCACCAACAUGGGGAAAUACAGGUGGAACAGGUAGACAUCCACUCAGAGACUGAAGCCCAUUGUUUCCCCGGGACGGUCAGCGCUAAGUUCCGCUUGAGUGACACAGCCAUGGCCUUGGAGGCGGACGGCCACAGAGGUUCAUCAAGGAGCGCUCAUGAAAAAUAUCCCCGGGCGGCGUUGGAGCGCAACGGCUACGUGAGGACAUGUGUCACCCCGCUGCAGCAGGACGCAGGGAGCCAGUCGUGGCUGAGACUCGCCGUGACAUGGACUUGCAGGAGAAGAUUGUCGUCUGCGGCGUGCGUCGCCUCAGUCUCCGUUAUUCUCGCUCUGCUGCUCACAUUGGUCGACUGGGACGCAGGCAGCAGCAGCAGCAGCAGCAGCAGAGGAAAUAGCAGCGGCUCCGGCUCCGGUCUUCACUCCGCGGCGGGCUGCGCAGUGGAGCUGCUGUUGACUGUGUGUUACAGCGUCUCCCCGGUUUUCACCCUCGUAUGUGCCUUCUUCUGGGUCGGACUGUAUCUGAUCCGCUGCGGCGUGCUCGUCCGCACCGCGCUCUUCUUGUUAGCGGUGUGCCACUUGGGCGAAGCCGCGGCGCAGUCGCUCCUGCGCGGCGCCGAGGAGCAGCUGCUGUCCCUCCCCGCGACCCUGGUAGUCCUCGGCUGCCUGGGCAGCGGGGCUCUGCUGGUCGUCCGGCUGGGUCAGGGAGUGUCGAUCCUCGUCUUCGUCAGCGUCAUCCGGGCCGUGUCCCUCGUCUCUCUGAGCAGGGUCCGGGCCAGCUGGAGACCCUACCUGGCCUACCUGCUGGGGCUGCUGGGGGUUUUGCUUGCGCGGUAUGCUGACCGGCUUCUGCCGGCCCCAGGGACCAGCGGGACGGGGUGCUGUGGCUCUGUGACCGGGGCGAAGGAGGAGGACAUCCCUGUCUUCAAAAGGAGACGGAGGUCCAGCUCCAUAGCGGCCUCGGAAAUGAUGGCUCAUGGUCACAACAACAGCAAGUCCCACCGCAGGACUUCGCUGCCAUGCAUUCCGCGAGACCAGUCGUCGGGCACCAGUGUGGUAGUGGACAUCGCCGUGAUGGGUGAGGCCCACGGUUUGAUCUCAGACCUGCUGGCCGACCCCUCACUGCCCCCCAACACCUGCAGCUCUCUGAAGGCCGUCAGCAACCUCCUUAGCACCCAGAUCAGCCUCCAGCCGCUGCACCGGCCUCGCAUCCCUGCCGACACACAAGCCUGCUCCGACUCUGAGGAGGGGCCCGACAAAGCAGAGAGACUGGCCAUCCCAAAGCGUCUCAGGCGGAGCCUGCCCCCAGGCUUGCUGAGGAGAAUCUCAUCAACGUGGACCACAACCACCUCAGCCACAGGGCUGCCCACCAUCGAGCCGGGCCCUGUACGCCGAGACCGCUCAGCCAGCAUCAAACACACCACAGACAGUGAAUCGUGGAACAACUCAGUGAUGAUGACCAUCUCAAAGAGCCGCUCCAUGUCGGCCUCCUGUGCUGCCUCCGUCACCUCCAACCACCUCUACAGCAAACCAAUGGGAAGACCCGGUUUCCCUCCCUCCAACGUAUCACCUCUGGGCUCUCCGUGCCCGUCUCCUCCCGUCCAGGGCACGCCCGCCUCCAGUCCUACGUUAAAGACAUGUUCAGUGCAGCUUCCUGAGCCGGCUGGGCCGCUAACCGAGUGCCCCCCUGGCUCUGUGGCCCCCAAGAGCCAUCACAGAGCCUUAACUCACAGCCAGAGCGCCCCAAGCUCCACCACCCCUCACUGGCGGCCUCCAUCACUCUGCGGCAGCUGUGGCAGGCCGUUCAACAAUCGCCUAAACCACAGGGUAGAUUCUGUCGACAAAGGGGACAGAAUACCUCAUCCAGAUGAGCGUGCAGUAGCGUCAUCCGACUACGACAGCACCUAUGACAGCACCUACGAGACCAACCACAGUGACAGCAGCGACUUUGCACAGAACGAAGAGGAGGGAGAAGGAGGCAAGAAGCUGCCAGAAGCAAGGGAAGGAUGCAGAGAGUAUCCAACAGAGGGCGUAGUUCUCCAUCCACUCCUGCCAUCACCAGUGGACAAGCCGAUCUUGGCCCUGGAGACUCCGGUGAUGCCGGGUCUGGAGCCUCUGAUUAGUCAACUCAACAACUGGAACUUUCCAAUUUUCAGUCUGGUGGAGAAGACGCACGGCAAGACAGGCUGCAUCCUCAGUCAGGUUUCCUAUCGGCUCUUUGAGGACACAGGUCUGUUUGAGACCUUCAGGAUCCCUAUACAAGAGUUCAUGAACUACUUCCACGCUUUGGAGAACGGAUACAGGGACAUCCCCUAUCACAACAGGAUUCAUGCCACUGAUGUGCUGCAUGCUGUUUGGUACCUCACCACUCAGGCUGUGCCGGGCCUGCCCACCCUGCUCACUGAGAAUGGGAUCCACACUGACUCAGACAACGGCAUUAGACCUGGGGCCACUGGCUUCCUGGUGUCCAAGAUGAACCCUGAGCCGGAGGAAGGCUGCGGCUCCCUGUCGGGCCUCAUCCCCGGCCUGGAGCUCAUGGCCCUGUAUGUAGCUGCUGCCAUGCACGACUACGACCAUCCUGGGAGAACCAACGCUUUUCUAGUCGCUACCAGUGCACCACAGGCUCUUCUAUACAACGACCGAUCGGUCUUGGAAAACCAUCAUGCAGCUUCAGCUUGGAACCUGUUCAUGUCUCGACCCGAGUACAACUUCCUCAUCAACCUCGAACACGUGGAGUUCAAGCGCUUCCGCUUUCUCGUCAUUGAAGCCAUCCUGGCCACCGACCUCAAAAAGCACUUUGACUUCCUCGCAGAGUUCAAUGCAAAGGUGGGUGAUGAAGGCCUGUCUUGCAUCGACUGGACCAACGAGAACGAUCGAUUGCUGGUGUGCCAGAUGUGCAUCAAGCUGGCUGAUGUGAAUGGACCACUGAAGUGUAAGGACCUGCACCUGCAGUGGACAGAGGGGAUCGUCAACGAGUUCUACGAACAAGGUGAUGAAGAAGCAAACCUGGGUCUUCCCAUCAGCCCAUUCAUGGACCACUCAGCUCCGCAGCUCGCUAAACUACAGGAGUCGUUCAUCACUCACAUAGUUGGACCUCUGUGCUCUUCCUACGACUCUGCUGCUCUUAUGCCGGGACGUUGGGUCGACCCACCUGAGGGACCGAUGGAGCCGGAAGAGGCGAAGGAAGAACAAGAUACAGAGGAAGACGAGGAAGAUGAGGAAGACGAGGAAGAUACAGCAGACGAGGACGCAUCGAGUUUGGACACAUCCCAGCAACAAGAAAACAAAAAGAUGAAGAGGAGGAAAGUGUUUUGCCAGAUCACACAGCAUCUUUUGGAAAACCACGAAAUGUGGAAGAAAGUGAUUUCUGCAGAGGCCCAGGAGGAGGCGCAGAAAGAGGACCCAAACCGCUGCCCCGCCGUUCCAAUCACAGCCAUUCAUGAGGAAGAGGAAGAGCAAGCAAGCAAAGAGGAGGAGUCGACCGACGGCCUUGAUGAAAGGGAAGAGGUGCCGGCUUUGGACGAAGAGGAAAUCCUUCAGCAAUCAAAGACUUCAGGGGAAAAAGAGGAAGAACCGGAGUGAUAUUACAGACUUGGACCUCCUUUUAAACUAGGAAUCUGAACAUUGUCUAAAAAAAUGUUUGUUUCUUACGUAACUAAACUCUUGAUAUGGUAGCCAGCACAUCACUUUGACACAACACUGUAGAAGAUGUUUUGGGUAAUAUGUGCCUAACAAACACAGGGUUCAAGGAUAUGACUGAGAGGCAAAUAAGUUGAAAAAGAAAAAAAGAGAAUGAUUGGGACUGUAUUCAUAUUUGUUGUCGUGUUUGUUUUAGUCUGGAUCUGGUGCCCUGCCCUCGCCCAGGCUGCCCAUCCUGCACUAUGAGCCAACCAUGCUGAUUCACUCCUUCACUCCACCAGUUAGUAAAACACUGUCACCAACCCGCACCCCCUCCCACUCCCCAAUCCCACCCUUCUUGUUGCUCUCCUGCUAUCAGCACACUGUGUAGCCCAUGUCUAAUGCCAUCUAGAUGAGGAUGUGCAACAAGCCCCUUCUCCUUGAGGACAAUGGGAUGAAAGCCAGGGGAAAAAAGCUUCAGAGGUAAGACGGGAAAAAGAAGAGGCGGCUGUAGUGCAUUGUGUAUGCAGACGUACACCCACACGAGUUUCACAGACACACACACAAUGCUGCACUAGAAACACAACUCACACACAGAACUGGUGGGAAGCUUAACAAAGAACCCUAUUGCUAUAAAAGCUUUAUUUUCGCUCAAGGAAAAACAUUGAAAACAAUGUUUUGUUCAUGUCAAACAAUGUUUGUUCUCAGUUGCAUGUUUUCUCUCUGUCUUUUGUUAAUCAAAGUCGGUCCAGUACACCUACAUGUUUCCAGGACACACAACUCAGGAAGGAAGAGACCUGUAGAGAAAAACUAAAAAAAACUAAAGGGGGACUUAUAGCGUCCUUCCCAUUUACUUGUGACUGCUUCAGGAUUUUCUUUCUGUGCAGUUUGAGAUGCAAUUCAUUUUACCAAUGUCCCUAAAUCCAUUGUUUCCUUUGUGCACAACGAAAGAACCGCAAUUAAUGACCAGAUUACACUGUAAACAUUUUAUUUCAUAUUUUCCACAAACUAUAACACAGCAGCUUAUGCUGUUAAUCACAUUCAAAUAUACAAGAAACAUUUGUAGGUAUAGUAGGGUAAUGGGUUUUAUGUCACUUUACAAGUUGUUUGCUUAAUCUUUAAACUAAUGUCCUCACUGCUGGGCAAGAAUUCUUUAUAAUUUCUAACCUGGUAUUUAGGCCAAAUGCUUCAGAAAGUGAGUAAUCCAGUAAGCCAUAGUGGGCCAGGCCAGCGCUGACUCACAGCUCAAAAUUACCCGAGAGGAUUUACAUCAAGACAAAAAAACUCAACAUCUACCGAUCACACCAGGUCUGACUUACGACCCAUAACUUCUCAGUGUUUAUUACUCAGCAGUUAUUGCUACGUGAACUCACUGCUCAUGAAUUGGACGACACUGAUCUUGGAACUUGGCCUUCUGUUUGAACAUAACUACACAACUGAAAGUGUCGUCAGUGUGUCUUGCAUAGUUGUGACACUUUUUCAGAAUCUGUCCACAGACAGACAGACAUAUAAAUAUGUGCCAAAGUGCUCAAAACCCCCUCUGUGGCAGCUCCUGCUACUUAUCGGUCUCCAGGACCACAUUUUGCCAUGAUGACACACCCACAGGCACAUAUAAACCGUUUGCAUAUAAACAAUUGGGUCUGAAAAUUCUCCAGAAUUUCCCUUCUACAUAUUAAGAACAAGACAACAGGUAAUUCAGCAACAUUCAGCCGAGGGGUGGCACCAGAGUAGAGCAAUCAAAUCCAAAUAAUUCAAUCUUUCAGUGGUUAGUUGCACAAAAAGUCAUAUGAAAAGAGUAAGGCAACAAAAGGCAGAAACAGAGAAGUAAGAAUUGCACAAUUGACGAUGACGUCUGCACUGUACACCUCUGGACGGUUUCUCUGCCUCACUGGUGACGCAGCUUAACAGGUGGUGUCACUCUCUGCUAUGACGUGUUCAGAUCCGAUUGGUGGGGAUGGAGGAAAAGUGUAAACCAGGAGAGCAGCCUGGCUAAUGAGGCUUAGUAAUGUAAGAGGAGGAGGAGGAGAGGAAGAAGAAGCCUUUUAGCUUGAUGUGUAGCUGCUUAUGAGGGGUCAGAGGGGUCUUAGAUCUUUUUCAGCAGAUUCCUCGAGGUGUAACUCUUUGAAGACGAGCCAGUUUAGUCGGAUUCAGUAUCAUGUGAUGAUCUAUGUUUCCAAGUUGGAGAAAAUGUAUUACAGGGACCUGCAGUGCUGUAUAUUUGAUUUGACACCGUUAAGCAGCAGUGGCACUUUAUGGAUGUAGAUCCAAAGAUUUCCGGAUUCUUUGUAUCAAAACCACAAAGCGAACAAAGACACGUGUUAAUACAAUUGAAAGAGUUUCUUGGACAGCCUGUACUAGAGGGGGCUGCCAAAGUCUCACAGAAGAGGUGAGGUGGAUAAGUAAAGCAGAAAGGGUGUGGUUGUAUCCGCAGGAGUACUAGUUGUCAGAGGCAUUUAAGUAGCAGUGAUCAGUAAAAAAGUAAAAGCAGACUAAGCAAUCUAUUAGGCAGGUGUUUGCAGACACUGUUUAUACUGGCUGAACUUUUCAUGCUGUGACCCAAUUUCUUAACUCAAUUAGAGUUUUUGCUAACGUUAAUACUGUCUAAAUCCUCAGCUGUAUCCAUUGCACUGUUAUCAAAAUGCCCAUUGUGCAAAGGAGGGUUAAACUGUGCAACAUAAUGCCCUUGACUGCUUACUCCCUGGAAGGGUGCAGUGGUUCAACCUGUUUUUACUGCUAUGAAAAAGAAAACCUGUGCUGACCAAAGCCUGAGCUUAUCGUUCAUGUUUCAGUAUCGUGUUGAGAGCUCUUAAUAGGUGUUGAAAGUCGGUUUAUUGGUUCAUUUUAAUUUACGGGCGCUAUCGCAGACAACAAAGGAAACUGUAAUCCAGCAUAAUACACAAUUAAAAGUACAAGGACCUCCAGUGUUGAUGUGAAUCAGACAGCAAGGCCUGGUUUAAAGUUGCUUGGUGACAAAAGAAAGGGAAACCCAAAGUGAUGUCUGACCCCUGAAACAAUGCGUAUCGUACCUGCCCACACAAACGUGUAUUUGUUGCGUAUGCAAUAAGUCAUACUCGGAUCUACAUGUCCCCUCCUUGACCUGAUGUCUUCCAGUAGCUUCCCCUUGCUUUGGCCUGUCAUAACAAGUGCACAUUUAGCCGUAAACAUCAGCCGAGACGCGACAGAACCACAUGGCUCCGGGUCAUGUAGGACAUUUUACUUGAGCAUUUUUGAAACUUCAGUUACUCUAAAAAUAACCACGACUGUAAAAAAUCUCUCUAAACCUCCUGCCUCCAAAAGGCAUUUGAGCUGACAUGAAGGAGCUUGAGCUCCAUGCACUGUAAAUACAGUAUAUCGUUGCCUCACUCAGUGUGCAUACUUAUGCAAUGGAUUUUGUUUCUCACAUCUAACACAUGUACUGUCACAUGCUCCACCUCUUUGUUUGGACAUUUGUUCUCAGACUCCCCUCAGCUCUCUUGCAUGAGUUCUGUGAUCAGAGAAAAUAAAGCUCACAGGGGAUCAAGUUCGUAAAAAAAACGCUUCCUGCCUCUGAUCUCCACUCAUAGCCCUGCCUCAAUACGUUUCUACACUACAGCGCAGCAAUCAAAGAGACUUAAUCAAAGCUGUGAUAGAAUUUCGAAGUGGCUUUUUUUGUCAUAAUCGAUUGAAACUAUUGGAGGUUGCGUGUGCAGUUAUUUAGAGUGAUUGGAGUAAGUUGUAGGGGAGUGGUAAACUGAUACCCUCAAUCCAUUAGGAACAGGUUUCAGGUUAUUACCAUUGCAGUGUUUUUGCAGUUUUGGGCUUCAUAACUACAUAUACUGUAUGUUAAACAUAAUUGCUGGCCAUUUUUAAAUGCAGGCUGAUCAGCUUUAGAUGUUAAACCCAUCCAUUGGUUUCUUAGGAUUUCUGUACAGUAUGGAAAGUUAUUAGCAUUCCCACAAAACUUGUGUUGGUUCAGUCAGCAAAAUGAUGCAGACUUGAUGGAUCACAUGAUUUUAAAAAGUUGCCUGCAUGGUCUGCACCCAUGGUUAGAUGUGUUAAAGUAAACAGCAACUGAUUUGUAAUAAAUGAGCUGAGACCCAUAAAAUAUUUUUUUUAAAUCCAAAUAAUGUAGAUUAGAUCAAGACUCUGAAACAAAAUUGCAUAAAAGCGAACAGCAUUUGUUGGCUUUUUGGUCUAUGUCACCACAAGUACACUGGUUUAUGUUUUUUACGAAUCAUAAGCAACUUUCUCUUGCUUUAUGAAACCUGGCCUGAAAGUCCAGCCUUUACAACUUCCGCUCUGAUUAAAGCCAGUAUCAGUGCUUUCUGGUAAAGAUCGAGAAGAAGGGGAUUGCUGCACACUGGAUUAACUUGUGCAAACCAAAGAAACUUUUUGAACUCUGUGGUUUUUUUGAGAUUUGCACAAAACGAGCCCUAAUAAAAAGGAGCAUGUUUCAUGCAACUUCUUUUUUCGUCAGUGUCAUCCAGAACCUGGUGAGUGUCUGUAUAUGAAUACACUUUGUUCUCGUGCAAAGACAAAGCAACACAAGGUUCAUGUUAGCGUUCAUCUAACGGACCGGAGCUCAUGGGUUGUCCACGUCUUGACUGUGUGUUGUUUUAAUGCCGUGUCAAUAGGCAGCAGUAGCACUACAAUGGGACUGACCAAACGUUCUGUUCUCAGACUGAAGCCCUUGUACUUUCUUUUUGAUGGUUUGAACCAAAAACAUUUCUUUUUUGUAUUGUUUGUUGUUCCAUCCAUUUGAAAAGGGAGCUAUGCGUCUGUGCCAUAACAUUUCCACGUAGAUGUAUGUACCUAUACAUUGUUUGAAUGAGAUAUUCAUCAGCUUUUCUUGUUUGUCACAAAGGAAACCAAAACAAAAAAAUGUUCACCACCUUUAAGGCUGAGACAAAUAAGGCUGGUAUGUUUUUAUCUACUAUAGCAGGCGCUUCACACACUCAAUUCUUUUCUUCUCUCCAAUAUCUUGCACUUAACACAUGUAGCAAUACUUACAGGAUGGGGAAAUUGUGUGUUUCACCAGUAUUUGUUUAAGUGGAAUAUAUGACAUUUUAUUUCUAGAUAUUGUUUGACUUUGUAUAAAAAAGUAUAUGCUGUACAGAUUCAAAAGUAUAUUAUAACAAAAAACUUUUAGAAAAUAUUUAUUUUUACUGUUUUGUAAUUUAGACACAAAACUGUAGCUCCUCUAUUGCCAGACUUACUGGAAGUGCCUCUCGACAAUGUAUUACAACGUAACUAUACAAUAUAUUGGGAUUAUUAGAACCUGUCACUAGCAGAGCAGUGUUGAUGUUGUAAUGUGAAUAUUGUUGAAUAAUAAGAUUUAUAAAUGC